CUCCCGGCCACUUCAGUCCCCUCUGGCUUGCUUGCUGUCUUGCGGGAAAGACUGACGCUGCCGUUUCUUUCAGCUUCUUUCGUUGUUGAUUUUGGAACUUGUUCUCUCGCUCUUUGGAAGGUGCAGCACAAAUGUCUUACCCACUGACCCAGCUUGGGGGCGGUGCCUUCAGUCAUUCCCAGAGCCAAGAUGCGGAAGCUGAAUAUGAUCGGCUUCGAGACCUUGCGCGGCAGGAACGCGACAAGCGUCACUCGUGCUCCCAGCGAGCGCACGAGGCCAAAGAUCGAGGCGACAGGCAGGAGGCCGACAGAUUGUUUGACGAGGGUGACAAACACCAGCGGAAUGCCGAGCACUACAACAAGCAAGCGUCCGAGUUCAUAUUUCGAGAGAACAACGCGCAAGGCCGUGUAGCGGACGACGCAAUUGACCUUCACGGGCAAUUUGUUGAAGAAGCCGAAGAUAUUUUAGAGCAGCGCAUAAGGACUGCGCAGGCGCAGGGCCAAACACAUCUGCAUGUCAUUGUCGGCAAGGGCAACCAUUCUGCCAAUCAUCUUCAGAAAUUGAAGCCCAAAGUUGAGCAGCUUUGCCGCGAUCUUGGACUUAAUUACGAGACUGAGGAAAACGCUGGUCGGAUCUAUAUCAACCUGCAGGGCGGCCCGGUGCAGAAGCCAUCUCCUCAGCAUUUUGCCGGCCAUCCAAGCCAGCAAGAACGCCCUCAGCAAUACCAGCCUGGCUAUCCUGGCCAGCAGCAACAGCCCUAUUAUGGAAGACAGGAGCAACCGCAACAGCAGCAGCAACAGCAGCAACCUGAUGAGGUUGAGGAAAUCGUAAAGAAGGUUGUCCCAAAGAUUUUCAAGAAGCUGGAAGGCUGCUGCGUGGUUAUGUGAACUCCUAUAUCCAUAACUCUAUGUGCGAUUUAACUGUCUGGCAACAGCUUAUAUCGUGGCAUGGAUAUAUUUCCAUUGUAGGAACCGUGGGGGAUGAAAUAUAUCUUUUUGUCAUUUUGGGCGCCGAUAUAAAGACACAUACCUAAUUUUGUUAUUAUGUUUGGAAAUAUCCAGGUUAUAGAGAGCUUGUAUUUGAAAUGGUCUGUUCUUGGAUAGUACCGUCUCUGUUUCGCCUGGAGAAGGCAGACAUUCAUUGAAGAUGCAAGCUUGAUUGGAUGUUCUAAUAUCUAGAUGGAUAUAAGUCUGAUCUGUAUUUUACGCUGUCCUCCUUUUUUCUUUAAUAAUCACCCAAAGUGUAGAAUAUAAAUGAUAGACUCGAUUCUUCUGCCUCCUCUG